CAAACCAAACACACGAUUUUCCCUCCGUUCUCGUCUCGCAGAGAACGGUGGCUCAUGGCAGCGGUUCGCCGGAUCUUUCUCUCUCUAAGAAGUGUCGACAUUGCUUGUGUGGCUACUUCAUGGAGGCACAUAUCUUCAAGUUCCUUACAGAUUAGGGAAACGGCUCCGUAUAGAGUCCGCCGCGGCGCCGGCGACGAGCUCAGGAGCUGGAUUUUCAAUAGCGUAUGCUCACGGAGGAGUACGACUGCUGUGCUCCAGAAUUGGGUGGAUGAUGGGCGAAGGAUUUCGGUAUCCGAGCUCCGGCGUAUCUCCAGGCAGCUUAUGAAACGCCGCCGUUUUGAAUCCGCUCUUGAGAUACUAAUGUGGAUGGAAACUCAAGAUAAUUCUUGGAUGUGUGUUGCUGACUAUGCAAUCAGAUUGGAAUUAACAAUUAAAAUUCAUGGUUUGGAAGGUGCUGAAGAAUAUUUUGAUAAAUUGCCAGGCUCCGUUUCGAAGAAGGCUUCUUGUCUUCCUCUUCUUCGUUAUUAUGCUAAAGAAAGGGACACUGGGAAGGCAGAAGCUCUGAUGGCAAAGAUGAAUGGCAUGGGGUUGGCUGUGACCACUCAGCCCUUUAAUGAGAUGAUGAAGCUCUAUAUGGCUACUUCUCAGUACACUAAAGUACCAUCUGUCAUCCUGCAAAUGAAGCACAACUGUAUACCGCUAAAUGUGCUCUCCUAUAACCUUUGGAUGAGAGCAUAUGGAGAUCUGAGUGACAUUGAAUCAGUGGAGACUGUGUAUAAAGAAAUGAUGAAUGAUCCACAUGUUGGCGUAGGAUGGAGCAGUUUGUGCACAUUAGCUAACGUCUACCAAAAAGCGGGACUUAUCCACAAGGCUAUUUUGGUCCUAAGAGUUGCUGAAAAGAAAUUGUCCGACUGUAACCGCCUUGCUUAUUUCUUUAUUAUUACGCUAUACACUUCUUUAAACAAUAAGGAAGGAGUACUUCGGCUUUGGGAAGCUUCUAAAGCUGUAAAAGGCCGAAUGACUUGUGCCAAUUACAUGUGUAUGUUGUCAUCUUUGGUAAAGCUUGGUGAGAUUGAGGAUGCUCAGAAUAUUUUUGAAGAAUGGGAGUCUCAGUGUAGGACUUAUGAUGUCAGAGUCCCCAACAUUCUUCUCGGUGCAUACAUGAGGAAUGGACUAACGGAGAAAGCUGAGUUAUUAUAUCUUCGCACAUUGGAGAAAGGCGGAGUUCCAAAUUAUAAGACCUGGGAAAUACUGAUGGAAGGAUGGGUUAGAAGUCGGAAUAUAGAGAAAGCUAUCGAUGCCAUGCAAAGAGCUCUUGCCAUGUCGAAAGACUGUGAUUGGAGGCCAUCACCUAGUAUUGUAGUGACCAUUGCGAACUACCUGCAGAAGAGUGAAAAUUUUGAAGAGGCUGUACAAUAUCUUCGAGUUCUCAGAAAAUUCAAUCUUGCUAGCCUUCCAGUUUACAAAUCAUUGCUUAGGAUGCAAACAUGCAGUCACAAAUCAGCUGAAAAACUUCUUGAGCUGAUGCAAAAGGAUGGAAUCAAUAUGGAUGAUGAGACUCGUGGUCUGGUUCAGACAUCAAGAAGCAAUUCCAGGGAGGGAUAUUGAUCACAUGCAAAUGCGUACGUUAUGGGUGGUAGCUGUACAUUAGUACUUUCUUGGUGCUGGAGUUUGAUGCAGCUGCAAGCAUCUUGCGGAAGCCUUUGAAAUGCUCCACCAGUUUUUCUCGGGGCGGUGUGCACUCUUUCAGAACGGGGGCAGCUUCAAGGACAUUCUGAUACCAUUUGGCAAGGGAAGGCAUUUCCUCAUCAAGGAUGAGUUUCACACCCACAAUCUCCUCAAUCAUCUGAGCCCAGCACACAAUCCAAGCUAAAGCGACAUCCACAAAACCGAUCUUUGCAACACCAAAGCAGCAGUUGUGGUUGAGCGCACUGUCGAGAAAUUUCAGGUCGUGACAAACUUCUUUGACAAAAGCCUGCUGCUCUUCUCCUUGGCUGAAAAACACUCCCUUCAUUGCUGGGAAACACUGGAAUAAGAAAAACCGCGAGUAUCAGGUAUGUAGAGCUAGGAAUAUAAACAUGCAAGGCAGGCAUGGCUCCUACAUCUUUGGGUAGCAUGUUAGAGGGAACUACUACUGACACCUUUUGUACCGGUUACAAUCACGUAUGCUUUUAGGGUUGCAGCAAGUACUGUGAAUUUUGGUACAAUUCCAAAAGCAUACAUGAUUGCACUCUGUGCAAAAAGCACAAACGUUGAUCAACACCAAAUCGAAAUUGACUCAUUUGCUCUCUAUUAAAUCCUCCAA